UGUUUUUUUUUUUUUUUAAGUUAUUUAUUUAAGGUAGCAGAGCUUUGUCUGAUGGGCUGUUAUUCAAGAAUUUUAUUACAAUUCCGUGCAUAUUUUGACAUCUAAUUCAAUAAUCAGCAGGUCAUUUUUUUUGGUUAUUUAUUGAAGUAAGAUUGCUCCUAGUGUUCAAAUUAAUGGCCCUUUAGUUGAGCUGUGGAUUUAAUGAUAGAUAACAAGUCUGCAACCAGAUUAUUUGUUUAGAAUGUACUAGAGAGUAUUAUUGAACUACCAUCGGAAAGAAGAAUAUAAACAUCUUUGAAAUUUCUUUUUGCAGUAUGAGUUUAUGUAUGAGAAGCUUGUUUUUUUUGUCUCGUUUGCUUUCGUUGCAAAUAUUAUCUAAGAAUUUUCUUGAUUAGGCACGCAUAGUUUUGAAAAAGCUGCUGGAUUAUGAAGUUAGGUAUUUGUUAAGAUGAGUUGUACCCAUAUCACGGCUUUCCGUCUUACCGGUUCACCUCCUUCAAAGGCUUUUCAAAUUCAACAUAGUAAAACAUCAAUAUGCCCGUCAACUUACCUGGGAACAAGGUUUCCCAAAAUGCCCCUGAGAUUUACAUCUUCUACAUCAAGGUACAAACGAGCCACAAUUGUUUCUUUGUUUGGCAGUAAAGGGAAGUCCGCGGAGUCUGAUAAUUCGAAUGAGGGUUCUCCAUGGAAAGCUGUGGAAAAAGACAUGGGAAAUUUCAAAAAGAAUCAGCCGAUUGAGGAAGUUCUGAGGCAGCAAAUCCAGGAACAAGAUUACUAUGAUGAUGGAGAUAGUGGCGGCAAUCAUCCAGGUGGCAGCGGCGGCAAUCGUCCAGGUGGCGGCGGAGGUGGCGGCUUUGGUGAAGGUGAAAAGAGAGAACGUAGGGGAUUUUGGGAUGAGCUUGGGCACAGUAUUAUGGCCACUGUGGGACUCAUAAUCAUAUAUAUAUUCAUCCUUAAAGGUCCUGAGGAUUUCAAUGCUGUAGCAAAAGACGUGUUCGCGUUUAUUUUCCUAAGGCGAAAGAGCCAUCGUAUAAUGCCUGCCAUUAAUCUAUGGAAUACCUUCCUGGAGAAUAUGAAAAAUAAGCCAGAGUAUGAAGACCCGUUUUGGUUAGAGCGUACAUUAAUUAGUACCACGACUGAUUAUGACUCUCCCGAGAAAUGGAAACGGCUGGUAGAGGAACUUGAGGAUGAAGAAGAAGGUGAGUCUGAUGAUGAUUUCUACUGACGUCAAUAAUAUUUGU